UCAAGAAAAUUUGAACUUAAUCUUCAUUCAGAUCCUUUAUUAAGCCUAAAGUAAUAAGUGUGUUCCUAGUUACAUCACAUCCUAAUAAGAGGAAGAGCUAAAGUUAAAAUGUUGGAACGCAGCCUACAUGUCUGCGGACGUAGCGGACGAAACUAAUGUAAAUAUGGGUUUGAACGUUAUUGACCGAAGAAUUUACUGUGAGGGGUCAGUCUCUUUCUACACAAAAAUAUUACAUUGGGUUGUAAAUACUGAACGGACAUUUAUCCCUGUUAGGGAGGGUUUUUUCCUCAAUAGUAUAGCCUAAACACGCAUUUUAACUGCGCAUUAACUGAUUCCAAAGUCUUUCUGUUAAAAAAAGAGAGAAAAAGUCAUAACCUACAACCUUUUUGUUUUAAACUUUGAGUCAAAGAGAUUGUAUCAUCUUAUUUAAAAGUAAUCUCGACGAUCCUCGCUUUAAACUAAACAUAUGCAAGUUACAACUGAGUACAUAUGCCUAACUAUUUAUAUUAUUAUAAUGUGUUGCAAUGAAAUCUUAAUGUAGAGGUAAUUUUUUAUUUUUUUUAUCUUUGGUCUAAAUGUGUGGGAAAAUUCACUGUGUGGUUUGCAGAGGAAGUUGAGGUAAAAAAAAAAAAAAAAAAAAAAAGUCACACCUCAUGAUCAAUGUAGUUCACACAUUCAUCCAUAAGAGGGGGCAAGAGGAUAAUCAUCUUACAACUUGCUUCUGCUUGGUUGCUGACGACUCUGCCACAGUUAAUGCAUGUAGGUCCUUUAUGUAAGAUUACAGUUUAUAAAAAGGUAAUAUUUGGUUAGUUAUCACUUGGAAUUAUCAAUUUCACGUAGCAGACAAAAUUAGUUUUAGAAAAAACAUGUUGAAAAGUACGACUGAAGGGAAGAUAUAUGUUCAAGAAACCAUUUCCCGAAAUAAGGCAGUAAUAAAAACACAGUUAAAAGUCCCAAAUUAGUUUACAGCAUCUAUUUUCGAAUAGUUAUUUAAUAGCACGAGACAAUACAACAUUUUAAACACCAGAAAUAUAAAAGCACCAAUCACCGAGCCACAAAAUCUCACAAAUACUUCUCUCAAAACCCAAAAGCUGACAAAUAGUCCAUGCAUUGAAAGCACAUAAUAAACCCCCAGACGACACAUAGUUUAAUUUUACAGUCUAAAAACUACAGCAAAACAAAGAUAAAAACGAUUUGCAAGAAAGAAGGAAAAUAACCCUCUAUAAUGAAUGGUAAAUGCCAUGUGCUUAUAUAGCGCUUCAUCAUCCAGGGGACCGCAAAGCGCUUCACACUAUUUACAAGCUAAAAAAAAUACUAUUAACCUGUUGAUCUUGUGUCUUUUACUUUUUUCCAGUAAAAAUACUUAAACAAUUAUUUUUUAAAAAUCAGUUACAUUUUACAGGUAUUCCCUUAAAGAAAUGUAUACUCUUUACUAUUCACAGAACCUGAAAGGAAUGGAUUCUUAUCCCUCUGUGCAGUCAGGAGGUCAUCCGAUUAGUCGUGGAUUCAUUGUAUUGCGCGACAUUGACUCCAGGCAUUCAGCCGGAGGAGAAAAAAAAUGUCAGUCCUGAAGCAGAUCAAAGAGAUCUAUAGAUCAAUAAUCUCAAAUUGAUCACACUGCGAGGUGAUCCAGUCUGUAUGUAUGCAGAAUCUCAACUUCCGGAACCCGAACUGGUCAGAAUGCAUACAUAUAUUCUUCAAAGCACCUCAUCACUUCACUGAUGAUCAGAACUGUAGUAUACUAAAUACACUGUAGUAUACUACAGUGUAUUUAGGACGCUGUGCUUGUCUUUUACAAUUUGAUGAAACAGUUUCUCGUUACUGAUCAUUAGAAAAUAAAUCGUCUAUACGCACAAAUAAGAUGCAUCAGGCACCUGGUGAUGAUUAAGAGAUCUGCCCUGCUUCAGGGCAGAUCCCUGGGGGGGGCGGGGGGGGGGAUGUUUGGGUGAGGCGGUCCUGCAACAGGUCUCCAGUCAGCGAGGAGACUAAAAGCGACACGAGAGCGACUGCGAGCUAUGCGUCUCUUUUUUUCCCCCCAGCCACAAUAAACAGUGAUGUGUGACAACCGUCCACGUGGGCUGAAGUGGCCCACAGAGGGACGACUUCACUCUGCCGCAAGUGCGCGUGAGGAUGGAAGGCGGUGGAUGCUUCCACGAGGACGCACGGCUGUGAAACAGUAUGAAGACCAAACGCGCAGCAUCUGAGGGUCCCGGGGCGCCACGGUGACAGAUAUGGAUCACUUCUUUCGGAGAAAGCGGGCAGGUUUGGUGAAGUCCUUGUUGAGUCUCUCCCUGGUUUUCGCGUCUGUUCUGAUGAUUCUCAAGCUGAAACUGUCGGAAAAAGACGCAGAGGGCUUGAAAGGCGCACAGGACGCGAGCUGGUGCGGGUCGGACUGUUUUCCUUCAAUACAGGCACCGGUACAGUCCAAUUUCUGGAGACUAAAUGCCGCGGCGCAAAGCAACAGAGUGGACUCGCAGCGGGCGUCCAACGGGACCCCGACCAGCUGGGACGUACAAGUUCUGAACUGCAGCGAGGACGAAUUGGUGAAGAGGCAGGGCUGGUUCCGGCAUCUGGACCCGAGGUUUCACCAGUUUGUUCUGCACAGACACUGUAGGUACUUCCCCAUGCUCAUCAACCACCCGGAGAAAUGCGCGGACGGAGAGGUGCACCUCAUCAUGGUGAUCAAGUCCGUUAUCGAGCAGCACGACCGGCGGGAAGCUGUGCGUAAAACCUGGGGCAAGGAGCGCACAGUUAACGGAAAGAAGAUCAAAACUGUAUUUCUACUCGGAACUCCGACAACAGGUAAAGACACAAAGAACCUCCAGAAACUGAUCGAGUACGAGGAUCGGAUCUAUAAAGACAUCCUGCAGUGGGACUUCAUGGACACCUUCCUCAACCUGACCCUAAAGGAGGUGAAUUUCCUCAAAUGGUUCAACAUCUACUGUCCCGGGGUGCAGUUCAUAUUCAAAGGAGACGACGACGUGUUUGUGAACACGCACAACCUGCUGGAGUUCAUCGGCUUCAAAGUGGAGGAGCGCAAAGACGCCGACUUAUUUGUGGGGGACACAAUCUCCAAGGCGAUCCCCAUCCGGAACCGCCAGAGCAAAUACUACAUACCCAAAGAGCUCUACGACAAGCCGUACCCGCCCUAUGUAGGGGGUGGCGGGUUCGUGAUGUCCUCCCAGCUGGCCAGGAGGCUCUUCACGGCCUCGGAGGACGUGGAGCUGUACCCCAUCGACGACGUGUUCUUAGGGAUGUGUCUGAAGAGGCUUAACGUGGCUCCGGAGUUGCACUCAGGCUUCAGGACCUUCGGCAUCACCAGACAAAAGGUGAGCUCCAUGAACAUGGAGCCGUGCUUUUACAAGAGCCUCAUCGUGGUGCACAAACUGAGCGCGCAGGAGCUGCUCAGGAUGUGGAGCACAGUGCACAACAAGGAUCUGGUUUGCGCGCAACGGACCUUUAUAUGAAGGACCCCCCCCCCCCCCAGCAGGCUAUGAAAUAAACUUGAUCAAUACAUUCAUUAAAUCGUCCGGAGGUUUUCGUUACUAUUACUCCGACUGUAUUCGAUCUUCAGCGGAUUCAGUGGAGAGAAACGCAGUCGGUGUUUUCUGCGUGUCAGAUAAAACUGUCUGCAACCUGGCUGACUGAACACUGUGGACCUCUUUUGGUUGAUUUAUAACUUGUAAAACCACUAAAGCUCCAACUAAUAAGACGUGAACAUUUUCAAAUUCAGUUUGCCAUUUACAAUCCUGAAGUCCUAACGUGAGAGACAACACUUUAUCAUGGACUUUGGGGGAAUAGUGUUUUAAAUUUGCAGGUUAAAACGUGACUCUUUCCAUCACUCCUCUGUUCAGGUUUUUCCUGAGAUUUUAUUCUCCAAUUUAAGGAUUUUAUAAACGAGGCAUGGGCUGGCACUAGAUUCCAAUGAUAAGAUGACGGCCUUGAGUAAAACUUCUAUGGAAUCACACUGACACUAAAACCUAAAUUGAAACAUUGAUGUGUAGCAAAUAUAAAAUAAAAAAAACACCAUAUAUCUUUUUUUUUUCUUUACAAGUUUCUUUCAGCUAACUCCUUUGUUGCUGCAACACCUGUGAUGUUGCUGCAACAGAUGUUGCUGCAACAAGUGUGGGAAGGGCACUGCUUUGUUAGUCUGCACUCUAUUCAGCUGGAGAGCGCUCUUAUUUAAAGAAAUUACACCAUCAGGAACACUGUGAUUAAAAAUGUUAGUAUAUGUUAAACAGCUACGGUCCAUAACUGUUGAAAAUCAUACCGCUGCCUUGCUCAUGCCUAAUUUUAUCUGCAAAGGGAACUUUAUAGGUUUAGAGUAAAGAGCAAACAGUAGUUAUUUGAUUAUUUUACAAUGUAUUGUCAAAAAAAUGUAAAAAAAAAAAGAGAGAAAAAUAUGUGGAAGUCAGUCAAUAUGGUUUAUGGUUGAUGUAACUCCUUUGUUUUUGAUUAAGAGAAAGUAGGCCCAAGACCAAAGAAACAGGAACUAAUGUUAAUAGCUCUUGUUCUCUGUGAAAAUAAAACUGGAAUCCCAAAGUCACUUUGUAAAAUGUAGCAUGUCUGAUGUUAUCAUUUGAUUAACAGCGGCGUCUGGAGAGCCUCCCAGCUGUAAUUUGACAAAACUCAGAUUCUGGUGCUGUACAGACAAUAAGGUUAUUUUCACCUUUAUUUCGGCGCAGCUAACGACCGGCCAGCAACCAUUUUUGGCUGGAACAUUCGCAGAAAAAUGUGGUUAUUUCAACUUUAUAUACAAAAGUCAUUGUCAUUCAGCUUUAUUUCAUACACACACACAAACAAAUUUCCAUAGAAAAAUAGCUAUUAUGCAAACAUGUCAUAAGAAUUACUGGCUACAGUGCACAGAAAGCGCCAUAAAAAACCGUUAUAAAGUCACAGCAUAUUAAAGUCCACACAAAAGCAUGCGGUGUUAGAAACUAAAUAUGCUGCAUUUUAUAAAACAGCUGCUGAUCAGUGGUAGCUCCGUCGUUAACCAUCUUUGACAUUGUACGAACAGCUUCAUGAAGUGCGAAAAGCCAGAGCUCAAGAAUACAUUAAAAGUUUCGACCAUUUCAUAUUCAAAUACAUUCCGUCACUUUUUCUGACGCGUUUCAGUUAGCGCUGUCAACACAUUUACACGUUAAAAUAAUAACUGAAUAAAUAUUCUAGGUAGUUAAACUUCGUAGGGCGACUCUACAUGGUGCAAUAACCUCCCUUUGUUUCAUUAUUUUAAAAUUUAACAUCCUCUACAGCUAAUAUUUAGUUCAGAACAUUCAUUUGCAAGAUUGUCAUUUGGAAAUUUCAGGAAAAUAACUGGUAACAAAAUUCCUUUGGCAAGGCCUUCAUUCCCUGUGUACAGUGUAAGAAAGACAAUGUCAGGGAAUGUGAGGGCAGACGGCUCACCGAUGGCCGCAGUAAAGCUUGGGCAGGUCUGUAAUGGCUUUAGGAAGAAAGGACCGUCAGCGCUGUUGCCAUAGAGACUUCAGCCAGCAGCUUGUUACUUCUGCUUGUUUUAACACACUUACAAACAGAGGUUUAGAUUUGUGCAGACGAUAGCAUUCAGCUAAAAUUCAAACUAGAUAUUUACAUAGACGGCAUGAAAAUAAUGCAACUUCCCCCCCCCCCUCACUGUCUGACAUUUUAUCAGACUUAAGUUUUGACAAUUUCAGUCAAAAUUUGCAACACUAUUUGUAUGAGUGAAAUAGAUUUAUACUUGCUAAAUGAGAGAUCUUUGUUUCCUUUAAAUUCAGAAGUAAAGAUAAACAAACCUUUGGAACAAUUUUCAAAAGCUCAGACUAGGAUGCAGUGGCUCUCUAAGCUUCAGACAUGAUGGUUCAAUAAAUUUGGGUUGCUAAUUGAAUUUUUAAAUAUUUUUUUUUACUCUUCUAAAAUUCUGACAUUUACAUUCAUUUCUUUAGUCUUUAGAAAAUUCCCUUUUAGUCUCUAUGACUUAGUUAAAAUAUUAUAUCUCCUUCCAACAAGGCUCUGGAGAUUUCACAUAUUCUUCUGUUGGAGCUGGUUUAAAGGUUUGUAGGUCGCUUUGCUCACAUACGCGCACACACGCAUGCACGCACACACACAUGCACGCACACACAAACCUUUUCAACUCUCCCCCACAGUUGUAAUAGUUGGCCCUUUUGUGGAAAGUCAUGAACUUCCUUGUUGAUAGAAUAAAAUACCGCUUCUAUAUUUCUCAUGAUGCCAUUUAUUUGGUGAAGUGCUUCACAUUCGGGACAGUGUUCUCAGAAAUGUGAGCUUCCCCUAUUUUUCCUAGAAUCUUCACUACAGCCAAAAGCUUCAACUGCAUUUUGAUCUGACCAGCAAAGAUGUUUCCAGAGACUAACGUUAUUUUCUCGGAGUCCAUUUUCAAACUGUAAUCUGGUUGUUUAUGGUGAUUUUGGAGGAAAUGAAUCCGCUUUGCUAUGUGACCUUUUGGCCCGUGUUGGUACAGGUGUCAUUUCUCUCUGCAAAGACUCUCUCAGCAGGUUCAGCAAGCAUCCCUUGUUGCUUAUACUUCUGAAUAAUGCUUACAACAGAUGAAUGUGACGCUUUCAGACAUCAGGAUUUUGAUCCACAAUCCUGAUAUCUUUGCUGGUUCCUGUAGAUUUUUUCCAUGAUAUCACACAAGGAAAGUAGCUAGAUUUAUAUUGUUUUGUCAAAAUACAUACACUGCUGUGCCUUCAACUACAAGCAAACAUGGCAUUAUCGUCACCUGGGCUUUCCAAAAUUGUUUAAAGGCCUGACAAUCUCCCAAGUAUGUAAGCUUUUAAAUAUGAAGAAAAUAGUAGAAAAGAAAAAAAUCUCUCUCUUAUUUUUCUGCUAUGUAACCAAACAGACAAAAAAAACAAGAUUAGGUCAAAAUCUUGACCUAAGUUUUUUAGGUUUUGACCUAAAACAAGAUUAUUUGUUUUAGAUCAAGUAAUCUUACUGACCUAAAACAGAAAAUAGUUUUUAUCUGGCUUGCUGAUGAGUAGUGAGAAAAAAAAAGAAAAAGUACAUUUAUGGUUUUAUCUUGAUGCGAUACACAGCAUCAAAACAAAUUUGCUCCAUAAUGCAGUUCAAUCUUUUUAAAUAAAGGAGAGAGAAAUCACUGAACGGCUCGUACUGCCGUAAUGGGCAUCUAGACGUUUCCGCACACAGCAUUUCAGUAAACAGACAUGACAUGUCCCUGGUGAUGUCAGACUGAUG